AAUACACUUGCCUUUUAGCUGAUGUUUGAGACUUAUCAGUCACCAAUACCCGACGACUGAAAAUAAUUAACUUUUGCAGCAUAGGUUGACGAGGAAAAUUCAGCAGUCAUGAGAUGUAUUUGAUGAAAUGUUCAGAUCUAUUCUUAGCUGUUUGUUUUUCACAUGCCAUGUUCUUGUGUUUAACCCCUCAGGCUAAUUUUCUUCCAUUUUUCACACAAUUUUUUGACAACACGCAAACACUCUGUGGAAAUAUGCGCCUUUUGUAUUGACCAAGCGUGAGGUCAAGAUGGCUUGAUAUUGGCCCAGUUCUUUUUAUGCGUUGUUAUGCAACGAGACGAAGUCGAAAAAGAACGAGUCCAAUAUCCAGCCAUCUUCACCGAGCGUCGGUUAGUUAGUCUACUGAGGAUUUAUUUCAUGGCAAAAAAAUUACGCUUGUAUAUACGAAUCCAGAAUGACUUGUUUAUUUCGAGAGCCGGGAAAGAAAGCCAACUGUAAUUGGCCCAUGUGAAAAUAUGUGAACUUCAUAUAUUCAUUGGAUCUGAUUUAUCAUCACGGGUUUAUUACGAAUCAACAAACUGUGUUUGUAGAAUGGUGUACCCAAGAGGCUCGUUAAAUGUUUUCUUUAGUUUGACCGUCUUCUGCAAUCUCGGGCGAUAAAUAACUUUGGAUUAUAAUUUUCUGAAGUCUGCAAACAAUUUUUUUUUGGUUCAAAGCAAGACAGAGCUUGGAGCAGAUUAACAAAGUUCGAAACCGUUGGACAAUGUCGACGACGACUGAGUCGCAAAAAGCGGCGCGCGGAAUCAAAGCAGGCAGUACGCGACACAUCUUGUCCGCUCGGGUAGCCAAAUAUAGGUAAGGAGAUGAUUUCAAGUGCAAAUUGGUGUUAAUGCAGCAGAACUUAUUCAAACGAAAUUGCAUGAGAAAUCUUGUUGAAAGUUGUUCAUGGUCCGCAUGUAAAAGCAUCAUAGAAAGUUAAGACAGGGGAAAUUUUGACAGCGCGCGCGGCAUUUGUGACUUGUACUCUUGUUACAUCUAUGCAUUCCUGUUACAACUUCAUACUCGUGUUCCAAAAAAAAUGUACUCGUUUUCAGUCAAUCAAACGCGCGUAAAUUUUUUAUGUAUCUCAAGAUGCUUGUAAGAACAUGAGUUUGAAAGAAGUGGGGAAAGCCAAGUCCCUAAAGAUAUGAGAAACUGCCAUGAUGCUAUCACCUUUUGCCAAAUGUUUUCACGAUGUUUUCGACAUGUUAUAUUAUUUUCAAAUGCAAUCAUACAUGCAUCUAAGCCAAAAAAACGUAAUCAAGAACUAUGUAAUAGACCUCUUAACACUUUUCUCAGCCAUACGCAUCAUAAGAAUGACUGGUACACCCAAAUCCUUCUUGAUAUAGCGUUCCGUUAUGGAGCUGCUACUUUUGCCUUUGCUGGAUCUAAAGUUUGGGAAAAAAAUUCCCUCUAAAUUAAAAUCUCUCUCUUACAAUAAUUUCUAUGAGCAGUACAAACAGUACCUUCUAAAUACCCAAUGAGUAUUAUUUAACUUUACUACCGUCACUGUUAGUAAUCAUUUCUAUUUCUAUUAUUAUUCUAUUAAUGUUACCACAUGAACUGGUAAGCAAGAAUGUAUGCAGUUAUAAUUUUACUUUUUCCGCUACUCAUUACUUGUAAUUUUAUAUAAAUGUAAAGUAUGCCAGUUACACGUGGCGGUGACCAACUCGAAAGCUUAAGCUGCUUUGGUCACUACGCACAGUUUAUUUAUGAUUAUUUAUGUAAUUUAUUGUUUUUUGUUUAUUUUUACUUUUGUAAUCUAUGGUAAUAUUUGCUGUAAUCUCUUGAGAUAGUGCAAAAUAAAUCUUUUCUUUUCUAUCCUGUUCUUUUCCAUCCACCAUGAAUGAGAUCAUUGGUGCCCAGUUUCCUAAAAAAUCGGAAGCAACAAAAACAAUCUUCGUUCCUUCUUCAAUCUUUUAAGACAUCACCGCACAGUUCAGCGAAUGUGUACCGAAAUUUUGUUUACCAGCAAAGCAACUGACUCACCUCUGAUUGGUCGCUCUUUUCCUCGGACGUCACUCAAGUACCAUCCCGACGAACUUUCUGGAGCUGUUUCAUUAAGAGAGCAAUCAAUUCUGAUUUCAGAAAGUAGGAUGGAAUUCCACAACAUAUUGUACGCUUGAUCACUUGCCCCAGUCUCUUGUUUAAUUCACGUAUUCCGAGAACACUAGCGUCUUGGGUUCGGGGAUAUAGGUAUGGACUGUGGCUUGAAAAUGAGAUCAGAAAUCAAGGUGAGAAGUUGGUAAAAGCCAUCGCAAAGUUAGAAUGUUCUGCGUUUAAAGUAUGCACAAUUUUUUAUAACAAAAUUACUUUACUUUUAUUCAGUCAAUAAAAUUAAAUUUCUCACUGCAUCGAGUACUAUGAGUUUGUUUCGAGUGGAUUGUUAUUUAUACUCCUCAUCCCUACCCCUCACCCCAUACUCUCAGGCCUACACUCAGCCCCCACCCCUCACUCCCGGAAUAGACAUCAGUGUGGUGGAUAGGGAGAGUGGAUCUUAUCACCGCCGGUGAUGUUUAGAGGUGAUAUUUCUUGCCGAAAACUCUGUCAAAGGUAUAGAAAGUGAUGAAAGUAGCAGUCUAGAUCGGUGGCUUAAAAAUGAGAUCCAGAAAUUCAGGAGAAGAUGCUGAAGACGAGGAGUUUCCAGUGGAGGAGUCUGCAGCUUCCAUGUUUGAUUACCCUUUGGGGCUCCUUACAAGUAUCACCAUGACAACAGUGGAAGGGACUACUGGCACAUCAGAGAUGGAGCAGUCAGCAUCUGCUUCUGUGCACAAAGUAAAAGUUGUGGCCCCAUGCAACACUGGUUCUGGAACAUCAUCAUCCAAGCUCAGUGGGGGAACACCAAGAUUGUCAGAACUCUGUCGCUGGAAGACAGCAAUGACAACAGUGAGUCUACAUCAUGAUAAUGAAAGACCUUCAGCUGAGGCAUGAAGCCAAUAUGAUGUAGGGCAAAAUAACUGAUCAGGAAAAUUCUGAUUAGUCUGAGUCCCAGAGCAUCUGCCACAUUUACCACUCUUCUGGGAAAGAAGCCCUUAUAACUCCGUGCUACUGUUCUGGCUUGGCAAAACAUGUUCAUGCAGCAUGUCUUUUGACAUGGUUUAAAAAAGAAGUGAAGAUUACUUGUGAAUUGUGCUGGCAUAAAAUUGAUAUCAAGAAAAAGGGGAAACCUUUUGCUGAGGGCACAGACCAGAAGAUAAUAAAAGCCAACCCCCAUAAUCUGGUUCACUGUAUUUGUUGUUGGACUUUUCCUUAAUUUGUUCUCCAUCUCUGUGAGUGCUGCUGAACUUUGCACUUCAGCAGCUUGUGCAAUAAUUU